AUGGCUGGAGAAUCCGACACGCCACAAACCCCUCGGGCCAACGCUGUCUGUCAUGAGCUCGACGAGGACGCUCCUGCAGACGUCGUACGUUGGAUAGAAGAGGACCGAACAACACCCACUGCACCCACACCAGUAGAGCCUCUCAAGAACGACCAUAUUUCUGGGAACAGCCACACCUGCCGGCUUUCAACUCUACAUGGGAGACAGGGUAUGGAAAAUGUAUCCAGUGAUGAAGUUCAGUUCGACUUUGCACCUAUCCAACAAGAUCACCUAGACCAUCAAUAUGUGGAACUUCCCUGCGGCGUGGAUAAUGGGGUUGUCAAGAGACCUGGCUCGAUAUCCUCACCCAAAGUCCACACCAUGGUAAGAGCGAGAUCUGUUGGCCAUAGACCAGACAGCCCAGGUAUGGGUCCAACCCACGAAUCCGGGAUUUCAAAGUCUCCAAGGGGAUACCGUCCGAGACCGGCUCAGACCCGUCAGAUACGCGGAUACCAUGACAAUGAAACAAAUGUCCCACAGCCAUCGGAAGAAGAUCUGCUCUUCCUUCUUAUGUCCCGAGCGCGCGAGACACAGAAGGCCCUUGAGAGGCUGAAGGAUCUUGAGCACGAAAAUCAGAAUCUGCGAGAGCUACAAGGGCAGACGGAAGCUGAACUUCAACAGACUGUCAAGACGAGGGAUGAAUGUUCUCAAUAUUCUGAUUUUCUCUGCCAGAGUUUGGACAUUUUCAAACAGAAGUAUUGCAAGUUGAAGAAAUGGGCUCUGGAGACUAACAAAGACUGCGAGAUGCUGCAGGAGAAGGCCUCAGGGUUCCAUCGGACUCUCACAGCCUUGACCAAGGACAGGGAUCAGUUGCUCACGCAGCUGCGAGGACUUCAAUGCUCUUCAGACUCAUCCUCAGAGCAGUUGGAGAGCAUUCGAGACGGAGUCCGCGAGGCUAAAGCAAUGGCAGAAGAUAGUACUGUGACCAUUAGGCAGUUGGAGGCUUUCGCCAUGGCGCAAAACGAACACUUGAUGAGCGAAACACAAAGAUGCCGAAGGUUGGAGGCUCAUAUACUCCAGUUGGAGCAGGAGAAAAACAAACAGAACAUCAGACUUUACAGCCAACAUCAAGCCACCAACCAAACCCUGCAGGACAUCUCGAAAGGGCUUGCCACACUUCAUAAAGAGAGAGCAGAAGAGGAUUCCGCGACAACCCGUAUCAUCGAGCGCCUACAUCAGAUACAGUCCGCCAUUGACAACAAUCUGCCGGUGAAAUCAGAUCUGGCACCACUGAGAGACGAUUGUAUAUCAGUGAAUUCAUCGAUAGCCAAGCUUGAAGGUUCGCUCUCCGAAAAGGUCCAGACAGCAGUAGCAAGCCUCAAGCACGACUUACAACAUGACGUCUCCACUCAGGUGUCGAGAUUGUUGUCGGAAGUGCAGUCAGGCAAUGUCGAGCUUGUCGAAGCCAAAGCAGAAGUGGCCCGACUGCAAGCGAAGAUAGAGCAGACACAGGAGAUCAUGGAGCUCCUUCAUGAGGCCAAGCGUGAGGCACAGAAGCAUGAGGCAGAGUUGCAGGCCACCAACCAGAGUCUUCGAAACAACAAAGCCGCAGCUCUAACGCAGAGUGAGGAGCUCCGGACAUCAUUGCGUACUGUCACGACAAAGUGGCAAACAGCAAGCUCUGAACUCGAAAAGUGCAAGCAGGAUAAGAGUGAAGUUCAAGCGGAAGUCAUUGAUUUAACGAUCCGUCUGUCCGAGGCCACGCAGGAGCACAAUGUCCUUCAAGCUGAAUUGAUGGCCAGCGAAGACAUUCUGGGCGAAUUCGAACAACAAAAUGAAGAACAGACUAUGGAGCUGAGACGCGUGAAUGCUCAGCUUUCGGAUGUACAGGGUGAUUUGAAUUGCGAGAUACAGAGAAGAUUUGAAGUCGAUGCUGAAGUGGCGAGGACCAAAGCACGGGAGCUACAAACUCGCCGAGAUCUCAAGAAAUCUCGCGACGAAACCACCACAGCUAUCAGAGUUCAUAAAGAGUUGCAAAGCCAGAUAGGUAUGCUGGAACAAAAAUUGACUGGAGCAGAUCAAAAUGCUCGGAAGCUUGAGGACACCCUUAAGUCUCUGGCAGACACUGAGUCUGAGCUGGGAUAUCUGAGACAGCAGCAAUCCUCUCUACAGCGCCUCAAAGAAGAGUCUGUGUCUCAAACCCAGCAAAUCGCAGACAAGUCAAAGGAGAUAGAAACCCUCCAGAAGCAGGUCAACAACCUCGGAAACACGUCUGCCCGUUUUGAAGAACAAGCAAAGGGAAAGGACAGGCUCGCUAAGGAGUAUGCCAGCCUCCAAAAUGAUAUGGAGAACUUGCGAGGACAGCUCUCUGAGCAGGAAGCUUUGGAAAAGAGGCUCCAGCAGAAGAUCACCGAGAUUGCUGUACUUGAAUCUGCCCUUGCCGCUGCUCAGAUUCAGGCAACCCGACUCAACGAAGUAGAAACAGAAAACUCUUCCCUCAAGGAAGAUGUCGAUUCUCUUACAGCAGACCUCGGACGACUGAAUGAGCAGUGCACUCAGAUUGCACCUUUGCAAGGGACCAUUAGAGAGAAGGACAGUCAAAUCACGGAAUUGCAGAAGGACUUGGCGUUAUUCAACGACCUGACUGAACAACUCAAGAAUCUUCGAGCCGAGGUGCAGGAGAAUGAAAAGCAACAGGCAUCCAUGCAGCAGGAAAUCCUCAGCCUCGAAGCUGUCAUCUCCAAUGCGAAACUUGAUGGUGACGAGGCAAACCACAACCAACGACAACGACGUGUUGCAGAUCGUUCCGGAAACGCAAAAGACCGCUAUCACAAUCAGUUGCCUCUCACACGGCAGCACUCCAAUGGUGGCGGCGUUCAAUUUCUCAAUGUCGACAGUCCUUUGCGUUCGAAUCCGCCAGGUCCCACGAAUAGUCCUAUAGCCGUCGUACCAGAAACACAAAUCGAAAUCCACGAAUCCCCACCAAUCGAUCCAGAUAGCUUUGUACUAUCUGCAGAUCAAGGGCAAGAGGACAGCAGGUCAGAACUUGCCCCGAUUCCAAACGAUGACGGAGAAGCUGAUCUCGACGAGGUUAUCAACCAUGCCCUUAAUCUCAUCACGAGCCGACAUGACCGCAGCCAGAUUGAAGUCUGGUCGAAAGGGACCAGCAGCAUCAGACGCAGUCAAGGGGCCGUCGAACAGCCUCCAUCCAGCUCGUAUGGGUCUCAGAGUGAUCAAAUGCUUCUGGAUCAAGUCAGCCAAGACGAGGAUCAAGGUCCAAACGAUUUCGACUCCACCGAGACCGGUCCGACCUUUGUUGUGCCUGGUAGUAAAGUCAGGCCGAAGCAAGGACCAAGUCCAAGAAGAUUAAGAAGUGAACUUCGAGGCCGGAAUCGUCGGUUCACUGCCUCUCCCGAUACAAGCGCCGAGUUUGAAGGCAAUCGGGCAUCCACCCCCGCCAUCAUGCGUGAGCGGUACCAGCCCAAUUCAGCGGCCAAACGUCGAAUGGAGCCCGAGAACGACGAGGACAAAAUCCCCCCAGAGAAUCCCAAACGUCUCAAGCGUACAACUGCGAAUCUGGAAGCGAGGAAGCCACCACCAGCUUCGCCGAAGCAGAGGGUGGACAAAUCCUCGUCUCGAGGUGCCAUCAGCUUUCGCAAGAGCAGCAACGGCAGAGGCAGCAGCAUCGUCGGGACGAACGCUCCUGGUCCAGGAAAGAGUCAACGAUCGGCCAAACCCGCUCGAAAAGGUUCUCGUCAGGACAAGUACGCCACUCGAUUUGGAGCGGAGACUUGAUGCAUAACCAAGCAAGCGACAUACAGUUGUACUCGAGAAGGAUAGGCUGGUUGAGGAAAGAGAGCAACACACAGAGAAAAAGGGGGGGAUGGACGAUUGUGGCAUGUUCCGAGCGCUUUACAGGAAAUAUCGAUUCGAACGAGCUUGAUGAGACGACUAGACAGUCAUUCAAUCAGUUUGGGAUUGCCAGCUAAUCCGAAUGGUAUGUAUGGUUUUAUGGUACGGGACAGAUUGAGACAAAGAUAAGAGGGAAAAGAGAGGCAAGCAAGAAAAUACAAUUUGCGAAAGACGGGCGAGAAAGCUAUCGGCUUAGCGCAAGGAAUCGUGAGAAACAGACCGGGAAAGAUG